UUGCUCGGUUUUUUUUCUUUUACUUCCAACGUACAUACGUGUACAUAUAUCUACUACGUAUAUAUGUAUGUAUAUGUCUACAUUCCACUCCUAUAUAAACACAUAAACCCACGUAGCCCAACCCACUUAUCUCCCUUAAGUUAUCACCAACCUGCUAGUACAUUAAUCGGUCUUGUCAGUACUUGUACACUAAUUACAUACUUGCAAAUAUGGAAGAUCAGAAAACAGUAGCUGAUGACUCCCAGAUAAUCCAGGUUGUCAUUGAUCCAUCCAAGAACAAUAUUGAACCAGUAAGCAAAGAAGAAUCUCGGCCUGUGGAAAUCUUUGACAAGAAAACGUCGUCUUCGUCAUUGUCGUUGUCUGAAAUUCUUAAAAGGUUUCAUGCAGGUUAUUUCAGAAUCAGUAUGUCUUUAUGCAGCCAAGCCUUGCUCUGGAAAAUCCUCAGAGACAACUCCACCGAUGACGCUCAUGCCUUCCGACGUGUCUUCCGAAUCCUCCCCUCAGCAUCUUUCUCCCUCCUCUGGUCACUCGCUCUCUUCGCGUUAGCCUCACUAUCCCUUCUUUACCUCCUAAGAUGUUUCUUCCACUUCGAGAAGGUGAAAGCCGAGUUCUUGCAUCGAGUUGGAGUUAACUACUUGUUUGCUCCAUGGAUUUCUUGGCUCCUCUUGCUCCAAUCCUCACCGUUCAUCUCUCCAAAAAGCACGUACUACCAAGUCCUCUGGUGGGUGUUCAUGGUUCCCAUCGUGGUCCUUGACGUGAAGAUAUACGGACAGUGGUUCACGAAAGGGAAGAGGUUUCUGUCGACGAUGGCGAAUCCGGCGAGUCAGCUUUCCGUGAUCGGGAACUUGGUGGCGGCGCAGGCGGCGGCCAGAAUGGGCUGGAGAGAGAGCGCGAUGUGCAUGUUUUCAUUGGGGAUAACGCAUUACGUUGUGCUGUUCGUGACGCUUUAUCAGAGAUUAACAGGGAGCAGUAACUUGCCGGCGAUGUUGAGACCGGUGUUCUUCUUGUUUAUCGCAGCGCCGAGCAUGGCGAGCCUGGCGUGGAACUCCAUUUCAGGGAGGUUCGAUAUAGCGGCCAAGAUGCUGUUCUUCCUCUCUCUUUUCCUAUUUUUGUCUCUGGUAUCGAGACCAACUUUAUUCAAGAAAUCAAUGAAGAAAUUCGGAAUAGCAUGGUGGGCAUAUUCAUUUCCUGUGUCAAUCCUAGCGGCGGCUUCGGUGGAGUAUGCGGAGGAGGUGACGAGCACAGGAGCUCAUGUUCUGAUGCUGCUUCUCUCACUCCUCUCCCUCUUGGUGUUGCUGCUCUUACUGAUCUUUACAGCCAUUAAUACUAAUAUGCUUACCAUUCCUCUCCAUGAUCCCAAAUCUGCGACCAAGCAGUAA